ACAACAGUUCUCAAAGAGCUAUGAAUGUGCAUGGCCAACCGCCAGAAUAGUAAUCGAUUCAGUGGUACUCCAUCAAAGUUGCCAAAUCCACCUGUGGCCUCCAGCGCCGCUCAGCAAACCCUGUUAGCAGCUGCUUCGCAGAGAAGUGAUUGUGACUCAACAUCCAGUCUUAGUCGCCAAAGUUCACUUGGUGUUUCAAGUUCAAAUCAAGAACUCGCCAGUGGAAACCCUGUUCAUGAUGUUAUCGACAAGCCAUCUAGUCUAAACCGAGGAAAUAUCCAACGGCCAAAUGUCAUCCAAGCGCCUGUAGUCAACAACAUUCCUUCCUCAAACCAGAUUCCUGACCAGCACUUGCAACAGACUGCCCCUACUUCUGGGACCAUGACCGGUCUCCCCCAGAACUCCUUCACGCACCCUGACGCCAGCCACUCUGCAGUGCGUGCCGGGUUGCCUCAGAGCGAGCAUGCUCGGAUGCGUGAAGGUAGUGGUGGGGGAAUGGUCCCUGAGUAUGGUGGCGCAGAUGGUCAUGUUGGUCAUCCUGUUGCUACCAGUGCUGGUUAUGGUUCUGGCCAGAGUGAAGGUAUGGUUUCCUCGAGUGAAGAGCAACAGCAUCAGUUGUUAUACCAACAGCAACAAUUGCAGUACAAGCAACAACAGUACGAACAAAUGCUGUUUCAAGAUGAGGUCAGCUCGCAAAAUCAGCACCUGCGAGGAGCACACAUGAACGUACAGCGACAAAGGUCUGAACCGAAUCAGUUUACUCAACAACAUAAUUUGCAACAGCUACAACAGUUGCAACAGCAACAACAGUUGCAGCAGCAACAACAGUUGCAGGCACAGGAGUACCAGCAGAAUAUUCAACAUCAAAAAGUGGAAAGGCAAAUUAGCGGGCAAUACCCACAGCAAGUUAGCAGCAAUGUUAAUCUACAGUAUUCAACCAACGAUACUGAUCAAUGGCAGCAGCAUGGCAACACUGAUACACAGUAUGAAGAUUUUGAUUCAGAGGAGGAAUGCAAUCGAUAUUAUGAUGAGAGCAGGAAGUGGUUCUGGUCUUUCAAAAGAGAACGGUGGAUCCGUGCAGAGAACAGGCGAGAAAGCCAGUAUGAUGAUCAACGAUAUCACAGAUCUGACUCGAGAAGAAGUCGCAAUCGUGAGCGAAGAAGAGAGAGCCAGGGUAGAAGACGAACAGACUACAACGACCGAGCAUAUUAUGAUAAAUAUUAUCGUGAUUCUUAUGAUCGGGAUUACCAUCGCGGGGAGUCUGGCUCUAGCGGGUCCAGUGGUGAUAGUCAGCGGCGUAAACAGCGGCGUGAUUCUCGUUCAGGACGAUCAUCUCGCACCGAGUCUCCACGUUCAGUUUCAUCACGAUCGAGCUCGCGGGCUCGACGAAGUAACAACCGUCACUCGAAACGAACGGUCUACGACUAUGAAGAUUCGUAA